UCUCAAAGCCAACGCUUACCGAACUUCAGACGUCGAGUGGCAGCCGAACUUGUAAGACGUGCUUUUGGCUCAAACCGUAUAUAUAUAUAAAGCUUCAACAAUUUUCUGGCAUUACUUCUACCAACUACUAACAACUAUUGCUUCUCAUCUCAAAGUUAUUUUGUUUGGUUACUUAAGUGAAAAAUAAAGUGACUCCUUUUUCUGAACGGCUGUGAAAGGGCGAUCUGACCUAAGCAACAAGUUGCUGUAUUAAGCACGCUCAUUUUUCUCGACAACUUUCUCGUUUACUUUGUGGAUUAAAUAUUUCGCAGCGUAGAUGACCGGCAAGGAUACGGAUUCAAUGGCGACAGUGCAAAUAAAGCCCGAUUAUGCUGCCAGUGAGGUGUAUAGCACGGCCAGCGAGGCGCCACCGCUCGGAUUGUUUACUAGCUUUAGUCCACAGGCUUACAAGCGCCAAUCGAAUUCGGUGAAAAUUGCAAAAAUCACUGCAUUCACCAUUAUUGUGUCCUCGUUCAUAUUGGGCGCUUUCAUUUUGGCCUCUUCAUACUUGCAGGCCAAGGCCUCAUGCGAUCAGGUGCAGGCUCUCGACUCUGUAUUGGAGAAGGAAUUGAUGUUGGAAACGCUGCAGCAAGUGAACAAAGAACUUCCACGCGCCGAAGCACUUUUGGGCAGAGAGAACAGCGAUGAAGCUGAUCUUCAAAAUCUGGACAAAGAUGUCACCGUAAAGAAGGUCGAAAUUAAGAAGCAGCAGGCUGCACCCAGCCAAGCCGCAGCCACAGCCACAGAUGAUGGCGACUCUAGUGACAGCGACAAUUCCUACUCGGAUGUUGAUGAUGCUGAGGAAAUAAAAUACCCCGGUAAAGUGCCACUUGAAUUGGACCUGAGCGACUUGGCUGCUGCUUUGUUGCAAAACAACAAAAAAUCCCGCAUGAACUGCGUUGUUGAGCGCAAACAUGCCGAGGAAAUCGUAGACUCUCCUUCAAAGACUGUGGCCCUACCUUUCGGUGUCAACCUCACCACCGACCCUAAGAAGGCGCGCAUAACCGGCGAACGCAUCUCCAUCUACUGCGAGGGUGGCAAUGAAAAUAAGGACCAAGAAUCGCGCAACAACAACCGCGAAGAGGAUGAUGACAAUGAUGAUGAGAUCGAAUCGAAUCGUCCCAUGUUCAUUCCAUACCAACGCAUACCCAUACCAUUCGGUCAAAUUCCACAACGUUUCCCAUUGACGCACAUGCCACAACGCAUGAUGCCACCUAUGCCACCCAUGUCGGUCAUGUCGGCCAUGUCACAGGAAUCGCAACAAUCCCAACCCCAGCAACCGUUCAUUCGUCAAAUGCCACCACCAUUCCAGCAUCUGCCCAUGCGUCCACCGUUGCCACCACAAGUGAUGCAGGCACCACAUCCCGAUGCUCAACAAACGCAACAGCAUAUGUACGUGCCACAAACGGUGCGCAUUCAUGUCCAACAGAUACCGAUUCGCGAAAUUCACAUGGCCGAUGAUGUGCCCGUGCAAAUACCAUCCCAACAACAGGAAUUGCCACAUUUCCAAAUUCAGCGUCUGCCUUUGGGUGUUGCCCUGCAACGUGCUGGCAUAACCGCCGAUGAUUUGCGCAACAUUCAGCGCAUGGCUGAGGAUCGUAUCACCGAUGAGUUGCGUCGUCUGGCAGCCGAAGAGGCAUCUGAGUCGUCUGAGAGCAGCAACAACAACAACAACAGUAACAACAAUGGCCGUGACAGCGAUGAAUCUGACGACUCAUCGGCUGAUGUACAAAUGUCCAACGAGCAUGAGCAUGCCGUUCGCCAGCAGCAACAGCAACAACAGCAACAACAACAGCAACAGCAAAUGCAACUGCAGCAGCAACAACUUCCACACUUGGCGCAACCACAACAACCCGCCAUAGCGCCGGAAGAGUCGAUGCGCAUGGAACAAGCGCCACCACAGCGUUUGAUUCUGCAACCGCUGCCAGAGCAGCCACGCGACACCAUGACACCACCCAUGCCCGAUCAGCCACAAAUGAUGCAGUAUGGACGCGCCAACUUCGGCCGCAGUCUGGCACAGCCGGUGCGCAUUCCAGUACCCAUCCUACAGUCGCAUAACGAGGGCGAAAUUGGCGCUUCCGUUGAGUCGGAGCGGCCACAUUUUGUUCAGCCACGAUCGGUUUAAGCAUUGAGCCUGUGAUUGCUGCUGCUUUCGGUCGAAGUUAUUAAAGUUUGCAGUGCCAAUUCAACAUUUCUCUUCAGCUCUGUAAGGCCGCUGCCCAUUUCGUCUGUGCAUCCGAAAGCAGCUAAACGCCAAAAAUGUUAUACCAUAAACACAUUCUCGUUUCUUUUCUGCCCAAAACUCGUACCGCAAAUAAAACAGCCGCCCAGCCAACAAUGAAAGAAUACCAACAAAUAUGAUUAACUAACUGUUGAAUUGGGAUAACUGCACAGACUCUUACGGAAAGAAAUAAAUUUGUUUAACAUCUUUGGCCCUGUAUUUUAUAUUUUCUGUUUCUAUUUUAUCUAUGUUUGUAAAUUGGUGUUUACUACUUGUAUGUAUGUAUUCCAGCAGCUGCAUGUAUGUCCUAUACAAAUAUACUACAUAUUCAGAUGUACAUAUGUAUGUAUUUAAAUAUUGUAUUUUUUAUUUUUAUUUUUUAAUAUAAAAGUAGCCACAUUGGUAUUUCUUCCAAUCUGUAAUAAUACAUA